GCUGCUGCUGUUGCUGAAGCUGCUGCCGCUUGGUCCGGCUGGCUGGCUGGCAGGGAGGCCAUGCAGGCUCGCUACUCUGUCUCCAGCCCCAACUCGCUGGGAGUGGUGCCAUACCUGGGCGGCGAGCAGAGCUACUACCGCGCCGCGGCUGGAGGGGGCUACGCGGCCAUGCCGGCCCCGAUGAGCAUGUACUCUCCGCACCCGGCGGCCCACGAACAGUACCCGGGCGCCGGUGGAGGAGGAGGCGGAGGUGGGGGAGGCGGCGGCAUGGGCAGGCCGUACGGCCCUUACCCGCCUCCGCCGCAGCCCAAGGACUUGGUGAAGCCUCCGUACAGCUACAUCGCUCUCAUCACGAUGGCUAUCCAGAACGCGCCGGAUAAGAAGAUCACGCUGAACGGCAUCUACCAGUUCAUCAUGGAGCGCUUCCCCUUCUACCGGGACAACAAGCAAGGCUGGCAGAACUCCAUCCGCCACAACCUGUCGCUCAACGAGUGCUUCGUCAAGGUGCCCCGAGACGACAAGAAGCCCGGCAAGGGGAGCUAUUGGACCCUGGACCCGGACUCGUACAACAUGUUCGAGAACGGCUCGUUCCUCCGCCGCCGGAGGCGCUUCAAGAAGAAAGACGCCGUCAAGGACAAGGAGGAGAAGGAGCGCCUCCAUAUCAAGGAGCAGACGCAGCAGCAGCAGCAGCAGCAGCAGCAGCAGGCGCCUCCGGUGAGGCUGCAGGACAUCAAGACGGAGAACGGCUCGGCGUCGCCCCCUCGAGCGCUGUCCCCGCUGGGAGGCGCACCCGUGGCCAAGAUCGAGAGCCCCGGGAGCUCCAGCGCCAGCAGCCUCUCCAGCGGAGCGGGAAGCCCGCACGGCGGCAGCGGCGGCGGCAGAGCGCUCGGCUUGGACCCCCCGACGGCCGCCGCCGAAGCGCCUCCCAGCCAGCACCCGCACGCCCACCACCCGCACCACCACUCUCACCCGCACGCCCACCACCACCACCACCACCCGCAUCUCCACCACCCGCCGCCGCCCCAUCAUCACCCCGGAGGACCACCCGGGGGGGCGGGCGCCGGCGGCUUCAGCGUGGACAACAUCAUCAUGACCUCCCUGCGUGCUUCCCCGCAGGGCGCCGGGGAGCUCUUGGCCUUGCCCCCGACGGUCGGCACCGCAGCCCAGUCGUCGUCGUCGUCGUCGUCCAGCCCCUCGACCGCCACGACGUCGCGGACUUCCGCGCUGCCGCCGCCUUCGCUAGCGCUCAGCAGCUGCUAUUCGCCGGCUGCGGCUGCGCAGAGCGCGCUCUACAGCGCCCCCUGCAGCCAGGGCGUCAACACUACGGGCAGCAGUGCCAUCACGCAAGCCGGCGGUGGCGCCAAUAGUUAUCACUGCAACUUGCAGGCCAUGAGCCUCUACGCGGCCGCGGCCGCCGCCGCUGCCGCUGCCGCCGGAGGAGGGGGCGGCGGCGGCGGAGAAAGAGGCGGCGGAGGCCACCUGAGCGGCAGCCCUGUGGAGCAGGACCCCCUUCCCGAGUACAGCCUGGCGGCGAGCAGCAGCAGCAGCGCCUCUUCCCUCAGCCUGAGCCCUCAGGAGGGGCACCCGCAAGGCGGCGGAGGUGGCGGCCGCCUGGCUUCGUGGUACCUCAACCAGGCCACGGCGGUGGGAGAACUCGCCCAUUUGGCGCCCGCCUCAGCCGCGGCGGCGGCGGCGGCAGCUGCCGCUGCGGCUGCAGCCGCCGCCGCCUCAUCGUCGCCGUCCCAGUCGCCGUCGGGCUACCCGGUGCAGCAGCAGAACUUCCACGCCGUGAGGGAGAUGUUCGAGUCGUCGCAGCGCCUGGGCUUGAGCAACUCGCCUGUCAACGGCAACGCGGCGGCGGCCGCCAGCAGCUGCCAAAUGGCCUUCCCCGGCAGCCAGCCGCUCUACCGGCCCUCGAGCGCCUUCGUCUACGACUGCAGCAAGUUCUGACCGAGGGGAGCGGCGAGGGGAGAAGCGGGCCCUCAGCCGCCGCCGCCGCCGCGCUCUGAGGGGACGCUAGAGAAGCCGUGUUUCCACUAUAAACAGAAACACAUAAACACGACGCUCGGCGCUCCCGAAGCCCGCCAAAAACCUCCACAGACUCUUAUCCAAAGACAGCCUUUUUAUUAACUAAGGACAUGGUUUGUUAAAGGACAGUGUUACUCCAAAUAACACGUAAGUUUGUGCUUUUCUUCCUUGCCUUAAAAACAACCCUCCCCACACACCCAAAAAGAGAGAGAGAAACCUUGUGCCUUCUUCCCUCGCCUCCCUCUCAGAGAGGCUCUGCCGGCCGCGUUGUGUGGCUCCCACCCCGCGCGCCCUUUUGCGCCAGCCUUAUUGGCUGCUGGUCCGGAGCUUGGUUGGGCGCCGGCGACUGAGCGCGCGGGAAAUGCCAGCCAACCAGCGGCGAGAGUCUCGUGGGGAUAAGUCCAGCGGCUCCAUUGAAUUCCACGGGGUGGUGUGGAUCGCAGCCCUCAAUGAAGGCGCAAUCCGGGUUCGCUCAAGCCCACGCGAGUUUCGCCCCUGGUUUGCAAGCGACGCCGCGUUAGAAAGCCCCUUCCUUUCCUCUCCCCUGCAAAGACUCCUUUAUACGCAAGGAUUUGUUUCGAAAAUGUAAAUGGAUGCAUAGUAAUUUAUUUUUAAAUCUGUAGUUGGAUCUUUUGGACCAAACACCAGAAAGUGUUCUUUUUACCCCCACCCCCCAAUGCUUUCAGAAAGGUUGACUUUAAAAUAACGUUAAACAUUGACUUUUGUUUUGUUUUAUUUUCAUUUAUAUAUAUAAAUGGGAAGCUGUAUUAAUCUUAUUUUAUCGUUUAUCAUUUUUUUCCUUUUUUUGUUGGAGAUACCCUGAAGUUACUGCCUUGCUUGUUUAUUAAUAAAUUACCAUUCAGUUGGACUGAGACCAUAUACGUCUGGAUAUAUUAACCCCACUUUUUAAAGGAAAAAAAUUAAAAAUCCUACAGCUGAAA